GAAAAUCGCUUCAUUCAUCAGCACUGCCCUCCGACCGCCGAUCAGCUCGCCGGCCGCCCCGUUCCCCCACUCUCUCUCUUUUUCCCGGCGAUGGACGGCGUCACCGGCCGGAGCUCCGACGAGCGGCCGACGGUCCUGGUCACCAACGACGACGGCAUCGACGCCCCCGGCCUGCGCGCCCUGGUUCGCGCCCUCGUCGCCGCCGACAGAUACCGCGUCCGAGUCUGCGCUCCUGAUUCGGAAAAGUCUGCUGUCAGUCAUAGCAUCACAUGGCGUCAUCCUGUAGCUGUUAAGCGAGUAGAUAUCGAUGGAGCAGAAGCCUUCGCGGUCUCUGGAACUCCAGCAGAUUGUACUUCUUUGGGAAUCUCUAAUGCAAUCUUUUCUUCGGUUCCUGACCUGGUACUUAGUGGUAUUAACAAGGGCAGCAACUGUGGUUAUCACACAGUUUACUCUGGAACUGUAGCCGGUGCUCGUGAGGCCUUCUUUAAUGGUGUCCCUUCUGUCUCAAUGUCAUAUGACUGGGUUGGAGGUAAAAGCAAGGUUGAAGACUACACACUUGCUGCUGAGGCUUGUCUACCUAUAAUUGGUGCAAUACUCGAUAGGAUCAGAAACCACAGUUAUCCUAAUGGUUCUUUCCUGAAUGUAGAUCUACCAACAGAUAUUGCAAACCACAAGGGCUAUAAGCUGACCGAGCAGGGUAGAAGUUUUUUUGUGAUGGGAUGGAGACUGGUGUCCUCAGAAAUGCAAGGUGGACAAAUGUUAUCAACAAUGACUAUGGAUAAAGAUGUAGCAGAAUUGCCUGAUAUGGAUGCAUCAACUAUGUCAGCAGAACAUCGUCUGUUCAAGAGAGAAGUAAGGAAAUCUCAAGUUGAUGACAGCUAUAUGGACCACCAAUGUCUUCAAGAAGGAUAUAUUACUGUCACUCCUCUGGGUGGCCUUGCUCCUCCCGAGAAAGACUUUCAGGCCUUCUUCAAAGAUUGGCUGCCUAGUUUAUCUGAUCGCGUCUGUUCAUCAGCCUUAUAGUUCUCCAAUUUUCAUCAGAUAUAGCUGAUUUCUCCUAGAAGUAUAUUAUAUUCCUAAAAAUGGAUCAUGGCCGAUAGGUUUGGUGGUUCCCAUUGAAAGCACUCUGAAGCUCUAUAAUCAUCUUAUUCUGCUUCAUCUCAUUAUCAUUUCUGGGAGAACAAUAGUCAAGAAUGUCUACCUAAAUUGUUAUUUAGAACACUAUCAUUAUGCAAGGAAACCAUCUUCAUUUUCAUAUGAUGUUUGUGGAUGAUACUGAUCGGUGUAAUAACUACCUUUUUAUUUGGAAUAAUGCAAUAGCUACUAUUCCUCAAAAUUGACUCAUCUUGUGUGGUUG